CAGACUCACAAGUUACUGUAUACAGUGGUAUCUCAGGUUAAGAACUUAAUUCGUUCUGGAGGUCCGUUCUUAACCUGAGGUACCACUUAAGCUAAUGGGGCCUCCUGUUGCCGCACAAUUUCUGUUCUCAUCCUGAAGCAAAGUUCUUAACCCGAGGUACUGUUUCUGGGUUAGCGGAGUCUGUAACCUGAAGUGUCUGUAACCCAAGGUACCACUGUACAAAUACAGACACGGAUCUUAACUCUCUCACACUGAACUCAACUUCAGCUAACUCCAACAACAAAAACCAACCAACCAACCACCCACCCAACCACACAGAAGUCAUGGGUCAUACUGCCUACAUGGGUGACCUCGACCCAUAGCAGAGUUGUAUCCAAGGUUCCCAUAUCACCAGGCAGAAAACUUCUCUGCUCAGAUUUCCUGGCCUUCGGCCAACUCACUAAUUGCUUCUGUGAGAAAGCUGGAUCAAUGCACGUAGGCAAAACCCCAACAAUUACAACCCCUUUAAGAGGGGACCCUAGAAUUGCCACCCAUGGGGGGGGGUUGAGUCACCAGUUCACCCCCCCCAUAUAGGGAAAAAAGACUAAAGGAUUCCACCCAAGGCCUUAAACCGCCAAAGUUGUGACGAAUUGCUAUACCAGUGCAGGAAAAUUUCUUCAACAGCCAGCAGUCCAAAGACUUUAGCAGCGCCCGCUAAACAGGAAGAAAAAAGGUUAACCUGCAAACAAGAAAACAUUAAACAAAGGGAGGGUUGGGUGGGUGAAGCUCCUGAGCCGACUGCCUGGCUGCUGCUGCCCCGCCCCCCAUUUAUGCAACUGGCCCCACCUCCCAGCAGUGUAAAUUGAUUAACUGAAGCUGGGUGUGAUGUCCCUAUUUUCAUUGGAGAAAUGUUGGAGGGUACAGAGUUAUCCAAUCCCUGAGCCAUCUGAAGGCAAUCCUGUACAGAGAAGGUUUUUUUUAAAAAAAAGUUUAAUGUUUUAUUAUGUUUUUAUAUAUGUUGGAAGUUGCUCAGAGUGGCUGGGGCAAACCCCCCCCCCCCAGUAAGAUGUGUAGGGUAUAAAUGGUAAAAUUAGCGUUAUGGAAUGGGACGUCCCUAUUUUCACCGGAGAAAUGUUGGAGGGUAUGCAAAUGAUGAUUGCAGUAUGUAUCUAUCAAUUACAGUGGUACCUCAGGAUGUGAACGGGAUCUGUUUCGGAGCCUUGUUCGCAUCCUGAAGUGAACGCAACCUGCGACUGCUCGUCUGCGCGUACGCGGGUCGCGAUUUGCUGCUUCCGCACAUGCGUGUGACAUCAAUUUGACUGUCUGUGCAUGCGCGAGCAGCGAAACCCAGUACUAAUGUGUUCCGUUACUUCCGUGUCACAGCAGAGCGCAACCCGAAAGCGUUCAACCUGAGGCGUAUUCAGCCCAACUGUCUAUCUGUCUAUCAUCUAUCUAUCUAUCUAUCUAUCUAUCUAUCUAUCUAUCUAUCUAUCUGUUUUGGGGCUUGAUCUCAGUCAAAGCUUUGAAAUAAGACCAAACCAAUCAAUUGUGUUAUUGGCUCCAUUUUAUCCCCAGAGUAACACCUCCACCUCCCACAGCGCCUUUGCAGGUGGGAGUUGACUCUCUGUUUUUCUAAAACUUGCAUGUACUCAAGAAGGCACAUCACAAAACACUAGCCAGAAGAAAUCUCUUCUCUACCCCCAACCGCUCUGCUGCAUAUUUCUUUAAUUAAAACUGUGGUUUUGGUUUUGUGUUUAGGAAAAGAAAAAAAAGGGGGGAGAGAGAUACAGAAUAGAAAAGCUCUUUUUUUAUUUCUGCGUAUGUGUUUUGGUAAACAUGCUCUUUUUCCUCAAGCACUUUAUGAAUUAAUGAACAGAAGUCAGGAGAAAGAUCCUUCAGAGUUUCUCUUUUAUGCGCCUGUAAUAAAACAAAGAGAAACGGGACUGUGAAUUUAGGGAAAGACCCUUUUGGCAGGCCACGGUUUUCAACAGGUUUCUUUUAUUUAUUUAUUUACCGUUCCUUAGGAGUCGGUUGUUUGAAAUAAUCCAUGCUCCCUUCCCUAAAUUAAUAUUUAUAUUCUUCUGUAUGGAACAUGAAUAGUUAGAAUGUCAAAGCAUUACAAAGGCCCACAGAAACAUGCAAACACUUGUGGGAGCUUAAGAGAGAGAGAGAGAGGAAACUUGCCAUGAGCCUUGAAAUUCACAACACUGGCUGUCAAAAUAAUAUUCAGUUAUACUUGCAUUUUGUACAGCCCUGUGUAGAGAAAAUGGUUUACUGGAGACUUAGGGUUCGCCCAUGCUUUUGUUUGUCCCGUGCCUAAAAAGCACUGGUCCAAGAGGUUUUCUGCUUGUCCUGCCUUAGGUUUGUGUCUCAGGUGGUAGACGCUUGGCUCAGCAUCCAAAAAACCAAAGUGCUGCACCAACAAGCACAAAACAACCCCUCUGCAGUGCCACAAAUCCAACUCAAUGUGUAAUGUCGGAAAAUGUUGAUCACUCCUCCUACCUGGGCAGUUAUCUUUCCACAAGGGCUAACACUGAUGCCGAAAUCCAGCAUCGCCUGAGCUCUGCAAGUGCAGCUUUCUCCCGACUGAAGUGUAGAGUGUUUGAGGACAAGGACAUUUACAGGGAAACCAAAAUGCUUGUUUACAAAGCCAUCCUACUGCUACCAACCUUACUGUAUGCUUGUGAAACACAGACCACUUAUAAAUGCCAUCUCCAACUCCUCGAAAGAUUCCAUCAACGGGGUCUCUGAAAUUUUUUACACAUCACUUGGGAAGACGGGCGAACUAAUAUCAGUGUACUGGAAGAAGCAAAGAUCACCAGUGUUGAAGCAAUGACACUUCAACGUCAACUUCAUUGGACUGGUCAUGUUGUGCAGAUGCCUGAUUAUCGUCUUCCAAAUAACAACAACAACAACAAUAACAACACGUUUUUAUUUAUACCCCGCCCUCCCUAGCUGGGCCGGGCUCAGGGCAGCUAAUACCAAAUAUAAAUUACAAUAAAACAUAAUUUAAAAAACAGUUAAUUAAAAUACGGCUUAAAACGUGGCUUAAAAUGCAGCCUCAUUUUAGUAGUAGCCCAUAAAUCAAGACCAUAAAGAGAGGAAACAUCAGAUAGUCACCAGAGCCAGCUAUCCAAAGCAACUACUCUAUUCCCAACUUAAAAAUGGAAAGAGUAAUGCUGGUGGUCAACAAAAGAGGUUUAAAGACUCUCUCAAUGCAAAUCUUUUAAAAAUGUAGAAUAAACACCGACCACUGGGAAACACUGGCCUGUGAGUGCUCCAGUUGGAGAACGGCCUUUACCAAAGGUGUCACGGGCUUUGAAGAUGCUCAAACUCAGUACGAAACGUGCUAAGAGGAAGACACAUUUGGCAAACCCUCACUGUGAUCAACUCCCAUCCGGAAACCUAUGUCCCCACUGUGGAAGGACAUGUGGAUCCAGAAUUGGCCUCCACAGUAACUUACGGAAUCACUGUUAAAACCAUGUUCAUGAAAGACACUCUUACUCGGCUAUGAGUGAUCGCCAGAGAAGAAGAUAUUGGCAUUAUUUUCAGCUCUCCUACCCCACUAAAGUCAACGGAUGGCCCAAUUAUUCAGAAUACUACAAACUCUUGCCACCCUAGAUUAAAGCAUCACUGUUUCCAAAGGAAAGGUUAAACGAGGUUUAAGUGCAGUGCAAUAAACUUCCACCGUUCAUAAAGCGUUGUGAUAAAUGCGCAUGCAGUUAUUGUAUAUAAAGAUGGAAGGGGGUUAAAUGUCAGGCAAGAGGGAGUUAAGGUUUGCAUUCAGCAAAGGGAGGGAGGCCAGUAAAUUUCAGUGUGUACACAUACGCACACACGGCUUGUCAGUCAACCGACCAUUUGACCUGCUCCAGCUCUCGCCGGAGAAGCCCGUUCUGAGGUUCUGCUUAAUCUUAUGUCAUAAACAUUGACCAUGUGAUGCACAACCCGCUAUGACAUGUAAUUUGUUCCGUUCCAAGGAAGUAAGACAAGGGGUUUGGAAGGUUCACUGCAUUGCAGCAGAGAUGGACCUGGUUGGUUGCAAGUUUUGUUUCCCUCACACACACCCCAGCCCAUAUUUUGAAAGAGAGGGCUAAGCCUGAAUAACUUUUAGGGGAGGAAAACACAUGUUGUUUUUUCUCUCUCCCACACCUUAGAAGAAAAGAAAAACUAGGAAGAGGGUGUGUUGUUGGGAUAGAAGUGAUUUGAACUACGAUCUCUUAAAAUUAUUAUUAUUAUUAUUAUUAUUAUUAUUAUUAUUAUUCCCUGCCCAUCUAGUAUCAUACCACUUUUAACAGGCAUGGCUUCCUCCAGAGAAUCCUGGGAACUGUAGCAUGUUAAGGGAGCUGAGAGAAGAAGAAGAGUUUGGAUUUGAUAUCCCGCUUUAUCACUGCCCAAAGGAGUCUCAAAGCGGCUAACAUUCUCCUUUCCCUUCCUCCCCUACAACAAACACUCUGUGAGGUGAGUGGGGCUGAGAGACUUCAAAGAAGUGUGACUGACCCAAGGUCACCCAGCAGCUGCAUGUGGAGGAGCAGAGAUGCGAACCCGGUUCCCCAGAUGACUACUGCUCUUAACCACUACACCACACUGGCUCUCAGAGGUGCUAUAUCCCUCUGAAAGCUACAAUUCCCAGAGCACCCUGUGAAGAGGGAUUGAUUGUUCAACUACUAUGAGAAUUGCAGCUCUGUGAGGGGAGCAGGGUCUCCCCACAACUCCCAGCAACCAUUAAAAAACUACAGUUCCCCAGAAUUCUUUGGGAGAAGUCACGAAGUGGCACGGCACUGCUUUCAAUGUAUUGGGCAAUGUGCCGCCCAAUUGCCAUGGCAGUUCCCAGCUUUGGUUCUUAGCUCCCAGUCAACCUUAUUUAAACUCUGGGGGGAGGUUGCCUAAACUUAACUUUUAAAGCAUUCAAUAUCCUAGUUUGCAAACUGUGAUCUGUACGCUCCGUGCACUUAGUGAGAAUCUGCUGCUGCUCCCCGCCAAGAAAUGUAAAAGCAAUGCUUGUUAACUAACCAUAGACGUUCAUUCAUUCGGUAAAGGCCAAAGCCAUUUGCCAAUUUAGAAAAUAUCCUAAAAUGUACGGCGAGAUUAGAAAGUGGGUGGUGCACAUGGGAGUAAUAUACCCACACAUUAUACUUUCUCUCUGAAUAUCAUUUUAUUGGCAGCAUUUAUUUUAUUUAUGUGUGUGAGGAGCAGCGAGAGAGAGAAUAAACCUGACUUUGGGGGGUCAGCAACUGCUUCAAGCCCUCGGUUCAUUUCCCUUGCAAGGAGUCUCUGUGUGUAUGUGUGUCAGACUUUUCGGGAUCUGCUCCCAGUGCUCCUUUAGCCCCAAAGGAGUCAUUGAUACUAGUAUUUGUCAUUUUUAAGAAGUAAAAAUGCAAUGAUGGCACAUUGCGAUUUUAUGAGACAUUACUGUGGAGACCCAUGCAGGAGUUAUGCAGCCAUUGAUUUUCUUUUCUGAGACGCGGGUGGCGCUGUGGUCUAAACCACUGAGCCUCUUGCGCUUGCUGAUCAGAAGGUCAGCGUUUUGAAUCCAUGCAAUGGGGUGACCUCCCGUUGCUCUGUUCCAGCUCCUGCCAACCUAGCAGUUUGAAAGCACACCUGUGCAAGUAGAUAAAUAGGUAUCACUGUGGCGGGAAGGUAAACGACAUUUCCACGUGCUCUGGUUUCCGUCACGGUGUUCCCUUGUGCCAGAAGCAGUUUAGUCCUGCUGGCCACAUGACCCGGAAAGCUGUCUGUGGACAAACACCACCUCCCUUGGCCUUAAAGCGAGAUGAGCGCCACAAGCCCAAAGUCACCUUUGACUGGACUUAACCAUCCAGGGGUCCUUUACCUUUACCUUUACCUGAAUAUUUUUUGUGGGGACAGGGAAGAGGAACCCGAUGGGAACACCCAGCCAGCAUGGUCAUGGCUCAGGGAUGAUGGGAGUUGGAGUCCAGCAACUUCUGGAAGCCAUCAGAUUCCCCACUCCAGCAUUAGGGACUCAGACUCUUCAUUUAAAAUGGGGGGGGGGGCACAAAAGGGUUUUCUGAGGAGAAAAGACCAACCAGCCAAUGGUACAUGUUCCCAAAGCAAGCAAGUAAAGAUGUAAUUGACUAUUGUAAUACCAAUUCUAAUCCAACUGGUGCAGUUUAAGUAGGGUUGCCAUGUGUCCUCUUUUUCUAGGACAAGUCCUCUUUUUCAGGGGUAAAGUUUCUGUCUGGAUGGAUUUUUAAAAAUUGCCAAAAUGUCUCUGGCUAUAAUUUCUGGAUGAGACAUAGACAUAACUGGUGGCUGAAGACUUCCUUUCCUCUUCUCCUUCCCCCCUCAGCACUAUAUCGCCUUCUAUAGUCUACAUAUUGCAUGGGUAUUUAAAAUGAGAGCCUUCAUAGCGUCCUCUUUUUUUGCUCUUCGAAAUAUGGCAACCCUAGUGUCAGGGGACUGCCAUGGGAACAGGGGAGGGAGCCAGGGGGAUACAGAGAGCCUCCGGCGCUUCUGAGGAGCAGCACCUUGUUGAGCGGUGGGGAAAGCCACGCCUCCAGUGGAGCAGAGUGGGAAGGGGGCAGCCAAGCGAGGGGAGGGCUUGAGGAUGCCACUGAGAGCCCAGACCUCACCUAGCCCUGCUUGCCAGGAGGCAGACAUGCCUUUUCCGUAGGCCAGUUUACGCAGAGGGGUGAAACGUAAGGAGGGGAGGCAGAGAUUUGAGGUCUCUAAGUUCUUAUGUUGGGGGGGAGGACCUGAAGGGGCCGCUCCUGGAAUCUGCGAGCGACUAAGACGGACAUGAACUUUUGUGGCUCUGCACUGUAAAUAGUUUGCACCAAAUAAAACCUGUUAGACAGGCCGGAGUCCUGCCUGGUUACUCACGAGCAACCACCACCACCACCAGACAUCUAGUAUGGGUGGGGUCUAGGGAGCUACUUUUGGUGCCUCUAAGGCCUUGAUUUUCCCCAGUGGCAUUUGAAAACAUACUGUCCUUUGAAGGGCAGCCUGUUCUUUCUGCCGCCUCCUCCUCCUCCUCCUCCUCCUCCUUUAACAAUAACUUAUAGCCAAGUAAGAUUGUCUUCCAUAAACACAGUCUUAACAGUGAGUCCAUAAGUGACUGUAGAGGCCGGUCCUGGAUCCAUACAUCCUUCCACAGUGGAGACAUAGGUAUUCUCAGUUCUGACUAAACUAAGCUCCCCAGAGCACAAUAUGCACCAGGAGGCUGAGUUUGGUAAAAAAUGAGUAUAUAUUUCCAGAGUUAACACUAAAUAUAGUGGUACCUCGGGUUAAGAAUUUAAUUCGUUCCGGAAGUCCGUUCUUAACCUGAAACUGUUCUUAACCUGAAGCACCAUUUUAGCUACUGGGGCCUCCUGCUGCUGCUGCACCACCGGAGCACGAUUUCUGUUCUCAUCUUGAAGCAAAGUUCUUAACCUGAGGUACUAUUUCUGGGUUAGCGGAGUCUGUAACCUGAAGCGUCUGUAACCUGAAGCGUAUGUAACCAGAGGUACCACUGUACAUUACUUCUGGUAAAUGAGACACCAUAACUGCUGGAGGGCUGCGAAAAUUUGUGUCCCAGGCUUUUUGGACUCAUCGGGCGGUGCUGUGGGUUAAACUAGGACUUGCUGAUCAGAAGGUCGGCGGUUCGAAUCCCCGUGACGGGAUGAGCUCCCGUUGCUCGGUCCCUGCUCCUGCCAACCUAGCAGUUCGAAAGCACGUCAAAGUGCAAGUAGGUAAAUAGGUACCGCUCUGGCGGGAAGGUAAACGGCAUUUCCGUGCGCUGCUCUGGUUCGCCAGAAGCGGUUUAGUCAUGCUGGCCACAUGACCCGGAAGCUGUAUGCCAGCUCCCUUGGCCAGUAAAGUGAGAUGAGCACCGCAACCCAAGAGUCGGCCACGACUGGACCUAAUGGUCAGGGGGGCCCUUUACCUUACCCAUGUGCUAUCUGAAACCAAAGGGGCACAUUGGUUGCCGGAUGUGAAUUCCCUGCCCCCCAGCUCUCCUACCCCAGUACUUGGGCUAUAUUUAAAAUUGUUCCCUGAUUGUUUGAUGCAGUCAGGUGUAACUGCCAAUGGGAUUUUCUGGAGGCAAAUUGUAUUCACACACCAACACACAAAUUUUGGGUACCUGCAUGCACUACAAACAGUACAGGGUUGAGCUAUGAGGAGUGAGCCAAGAGAUGGGAACCAGGAGCUAAGCUAGGAAGCCAGUAGUAAGGGGGACCAAAGGAGCAGUCAAAGCUGAAGGACACUUCAGCACCAGGAAGACAGCCUUCUCGAUAGUGGCACCCCCCCCCCCCGUGGAAUGCCCUCCCAUAAGAUGUCAAGGAAAUAAACAACUAUCUGACUUUUAGAAGACAUCUGAAGGCAGCCCUGUUUAGGUAAAGUUUUAAUGUUUGAUGUUUUAUCAUGUUUUUAAUAUUCUGUCGGGAACCACCCAGAGUGGCUGGGGAAACCUAGCCAGAUGGACGAGGUAUAAAUAAUAAAUUAUUGUUAUUGUUAUUGUUAUUACUAUGUAAAGGACCACUGUGAAGCAGGACUGAAGGUCAAGCCAGGGUUGGCAUCAGAAAAACAGCCAAGAGAUAGCACUGAAGAUGAAGCCAGAAGUCAAAGUAUGUUUAUGUCUAGAGACAAUGGAUAGAACAAACAACAUUAGCUGUACUGCUGUACAACUACAGUGUUUAAGAGUUGUAUUUGUAUUUGUUUAAAAAGCAAUGAAAAAUAGUUUUUUGUUUAAAAGAAGUCAGGACUGAAGAAUAUACAGGAGGUAGGACUGAAGAACAAACCAGAAGUCAGAACCAAAGGACAGCCAACAGGUAAGAGUGAAGAUCAAGUCAGAAGUCCGGCUUGAAGACAACCAAAGGAUACUGCAACAUGCCAAAGUUCAGGAAGAGCAAGGCUUAUCUGCAACAAGAAGCCCUCUAUUCUUGUACCACUCUAUUCUGCCUUGGUCAGACCACACCUGGAGUCCUGUGUUCAGUUCUGGAAGCCACAAAUUAAGAAGGAUGUUGUCAAGCUUGAACGUGUUAAAAGGAGGGCGACCAAGAUGAUCAAGGGUCUGGAAAACAAGGAAUAGGGGUCUCCAAACAGCUGUCAGCACCCUUAGCAAACAAAUCUCCCAGGAUUCACUGGGGGAAGCCAUGACUGUUAAAAGUGGCACAGCCCUGCUUUAACGGUAUAGUGCAGAUGAGGCCCUGAUCCUGGGCUUACCCAAGAACAUACUCUUCUCAGGAGGUUGGCACUCUCUGAAGUGUCUCCCCUGCCAAGCUGAACCUGAAAUGGAACCUGUGAUUGCGUCAGCAACCUAAUCAGCAAAGUUUGCAGACAUAAAUAGAAUAAAAUAAAAGCAUCCCCUCCCAUCAUUUCUAGAAGACCAACUUUUCUAGACCUCUAAGGGAAAAGAAAAGCCAUCAAGGAUGCCAUUUCUGAUGCCCUUCCUUUUUGGACUUGGCAGGCAGCGGAUGCCUCUGCUGACCACAGAGAUGGCGAAGAGGUGUGGAGAGCAUGGCUGCCUUCCGAAGGCAGCAGAUAGCAGAUGGCAGCCACCCUUGGGGUAAUGCUAGCUUACCCUUGCGAAAACCCAGAGGAGAAGACAAUGCCGCCACAACCGCCCAGAGGUAGGCAAGUCUACGGCACAACAGCUUGCUUUUUUUGAACUGCAACACAGUGGCUUAAUUGAUUUUCUCUUUCUUCUUUGCAAAAGACAGCUGAAUGUCAAAGGUCCUCCUUUUGUGAAGUACUGGGAAACCUGUUGUCAGACAACCUCGUCCCAUUUAAUAAUUAAUCCCCCUUUUUUUAUAAAAAAGAGAAGAGGAAGAAGAUGCAGGCGACGCACAGUAAAUCCAGCCCACAUUGCCACAACAGCAUGGAAUGAGACAAUGGAGCAUGAAUAAUCUAGCACACUCAUUUAACAUUAAACAUAUAUGAAACUUGUUUCCCCAACACCUAACCCUUCCUUUUUAUUUUUGGUGGAAAAAAAUCACCAAAGGCUAUUGUUUAAAAGGCGAGCCAGAAACCUUGAAGUGAAUGAGAAAAUGCAACAGCCUUUUUCCAAGUGUCAGACAAAUUAUUUAUGUUAUUUCUUCUAUACAUAAGGAAUCAAGCUAAAUGAACAAUGUUUAAGCAUGUCAGGGUUUCAUCAAUUUUGUAUGAGCAUUCACAAAUAUCCUGGUGGGGGUAAUUGCUUGCAAAUACAUUUAAACUAAUGAUAUGUUAUAUCCUUCCUUGAUAUAAAACUAUUAAAAGAUACGUUAUUGCAUUUGACAAUGCCACGCGGCUGGGUCAACUCCUAAUGACAGAUUUCAGCAUCUGUAAAUUAAGAUACACUCUGCUGGAAGCAAAUAUUUUGUAAAAAUAAAAGCUAUAUACUAUGCAAGCUGAAUCAUUUAUCUAAGGCUUCUCUGCCGUUUGUGUAAGAAAUGAGCACGUAUGGAAAACCGAAAUUAGGUACUAGGAUGCGGUGAAUAGCUUAUUAGUUGAGGAGUCGAGAGUCAUGGACUUUGCGCCCUCUUCCAGUGAUUAAAACACGCACACAAACACUUUCCUAGACCAUACCAAAAACAUUAAGGGCUGCAGAGGUCAAAGAAAGGGAUGAGAAGACAGUGGGACUUCCUGAUCAAUCGUAAAGUGGGGUUGCAAGCCAGUGUGGUGUAGUGGUUAAAAGCAGUAGACUCGUAAUCUGGUGAACCGGGUUCGCUUCCCCGCUCCUCCACAUGCAGCUGCUGGGUGACCUUGGGCUAGUCACACUUCUCUGAAGUCUCUCAGCCCCACUCACCUCACAGAGUGCUUGUUGUGGGGGAGGAAGGGAAAGGAGAAUGUUAGCCGCUUUGAGACUCCUUAGGGGAGUGAUAAAGCAUGAUAUCAAAUCCAAACUCCUCCUCCUCCUCUUCUUCUUCUUUGGAAGCAGGUUGCCGGGUUUAGUGAAAUUUGUAAUUUCAUUUCUGUGUUAUUCAUUUUUUCUCAUUCAAGUUCAUUGCCACUGUUUCUCCUAGCGACACAGGUGGCACUGUGGGUUAAACCACAGAGCCUAGGACUUGCCGAUCAGAAGGUCAGUGGUUUGAAUCCCCGUGACGGGGUGAGCUCCUGUUGCUCGGGCCCUGCUCCUGCCAACCUAGCAGUUCGAAAGCACGUCAAAAGUGCAAGUAGAUAAAUAGGUACCUCUCCGACAGGAAGUUAAAUGGCAUUUCCAUGUGCUGCUCUGGUUUGCCAGAAGCGGCUUAGUCAUGCUGGCCACAUGACCCGGAAGCUGUACGCCGGCUCCCUCGGCCAAUAAAGCGAGUUGAGCGCCGCAACCCCAGAGUCGGCCACGACUGGACCUAAUGGUCAGGGUCCCUUUACCUUUUACUUUGGGGGAUAGCCAAUUAAGCAACUCCACACAUGAUCUUGUGAUCACUUAUGUGGGACGGGGCUCACCUGGUCCCCCCUCAAUAUUUUAUGCAGGUGGGCCCCCCUGAUGGCAGGCUAAGUGCUCAUCCACAGGGGUCCAAGUGAUUUUCUGCCUGACCAAACGGUUUUGCCUUUGCCCCGCCACUCCCCCCCCCACAGGAAACCAGCUCUGUAGUGAUAUGUUUGAACAAACGACCAUCUUCAGAAAACCCAACUGCUUGCUGUUUGCUCCAAUUCAGUGCUAAACUGCAGGUUUUCCCAGUGGCAGGGCUAACGGAAGUGUGGACUUAGGAAGAAAGCCCUGUUACACCAUUAGAAGCUGGAGAAGAUCUAUUUAUUGAGACGCAUUCCCAUAAUUGUUUCUGGGGACUCUUAAUAAUAAUAAUAAUAAUAAUAAUAAUAAUAAUAAUAAUAAUUUAUUAUUUAUACCCUGCCCAUCUGGCUGAGUUUCCCCAGCCACUCUGGGCAGCUUCCAAUUGAAUGUUAAAAACAAUACAGCAUUAAAUAUUAAAAACUUCUCUAAACAGGGCUGCCUUCAGAUGUCUUUUAAAGAUAAGAUAGCUACUUAUUUCUUUCACAUCUGAAGGGAGGGCGUUCCACAGGGCGGGUGCCACUACCGAGAAGGCCCUCUGUCUGGUUCCCUGUAACCUCACUUCUCGCAAUGAGGGAACUGCCAGAAGGCCCUCGACGCUGGAUUGCAGUGUCUGGGCUGAACGAUGGGGGUGGAGACACUCCUUCAGAUAUACUGGGCCAAGGCCAUUUAGGGCUCUAAAGGUCAGCACCAACACUUUGAAUUGUGCUCGGAAACGUACUGGGAGCCAAUGCAGAUCUCUCAGGACUGGUGUUAUGUGGCCACUCCCAGUCCUUAUGAUGUCAUUUCAGGACUUUACAGUAUCUCCAUAAUUACAUGAAGUCCCACAAUUCCACAUGAGUGGAAGGGUCUUGCUGAGAAGCUGCUAUGUGGAUUUCAAACAGAUGUUCUUUAUGUACAAUGGGCAAAAAAAUGGAGGGACUCAACAUUAUCAUCCACAUCUCUCCUAAAGUAUCUGUUGUUUGUGCUUCAGUUUUCUGUCUUCAUUGUUCUUACUGGGACAACGGUAACCGCCAGAGGUGCCCAGCUUCUGCAGAGGAUCGGGGGUCCCUGACACUGUGUUGAGAGGCAUCCUCUGAAUAUUGAGGGGACCUGGUUGUUGGUUUCUGCUUUCCUUCACUGUGCAGCAACUGCAGUCACAAGACAGGUGUUUACAUUCCACAGUCUGUACUGUUGGGUUUCUCACGGGAAAGGGAGACUGGAUGUGAUGUACACUGGUUUCCUGUUUUUACACUGUGUGAUUCUCUCCGUGCUGUUGAGGAGAGAGGAUGCAUUUUUCUGCUCUUGCAGAGGCAAGAUGUCUUUCUGUAAUAUACCAGCUUUGAACUGUAAAUAAAGCAAUAUAGAGUAUGUAACACAUUUUCCUCAUCCUUCCGCUGGGCACAAGAGACUCUGCUUUAAAUCAACACGUGGUUAUGGGCCCAGAGGUCGAAUCGGAGUGCCGGCAAAGGAUCGGAAUGCAGAGGGACGGAUCGGAAAGGAAUCUGCUCUGCGCGUAGAAGUGAUUGAUGAGGUAUGUGCUACUGCUCCGGGCAGCCUGCCAGCUUCAAGUUAAUGGCUUUAUGGCUGGACUUUGAACUUUUAAAGCCGGUUUUGCAAAUAGGCAAAAGGCUCCCAGGCACAAGUCACUAUGCUGGGGAAAUCGAAAGUAACUUUUAAGUGUGCCUUUGUAAUGAGGCAGCUGCAGCAGUGACGCAGCAAGAUUUAAAGCAGCAUAUAAUGACGCUGAAGGCUAAUGCCAGAGUCAUGAUGGCCCUUCAGGAUGCUUGUGGGAUUCCUAAGCUCAACAAGACAAAUUACAGCGACUGGGUUCAGUAUGCAGAGGCAAUUCUGCGGAAAGAGGGUUUGUUUGAGGUGAUUACAGGAACCCCCAGUUCCAGUUACAGAUGCAUGGGAAGCUAAGGAUUCCAAAGCAAGGGGAACUCUUACAUUGAUAGUAUCCCCAGAAGAGCUCUGUCUAUUGCGUGAUAAGACCUCAGCCAGAGAAAUUUGGGACGCUCUGAAAGAGGCUCACUUAAGGACAGAAGCUGGAUCCACUAUGUAUUAUUUUAACAAGCUGCAUAAUAUGGCUCUUGCUGAAGGUGGAGAUGUGCGUUUACAUCUGAUGCAGAUGCAAAAUCUGAGACAUGAGCUGCAACAGAGAGGACUCAACUUUCCAGAGGCUGUGUAUUCUUUCAUGAUACUACAAUCUUUGGGUUCAGGUUGGGAGUCUGUUGCAACCCAGAUUGCUGUGCAACCAACUGCUCAGCUGACAGUGGACUUUGUUACUGCCGUGAUUUUAAAUGAAGCAGAUCGCCGGGGUGCUAGCUGCAUGGGCAAGGAGAGUCUUCACAGACGUCAUCCCAUAGUGCAGUGGAACCACCAGAUGGCGCCAAAGCUUUGAAGGCAGUGAAAUGCUACUCGUGUGGACGUCUAGGCCAUAUGAAGAGGGAAUGCAGACAUCCCAGGGCCAAGACAGAGCAGCGCAGCGAAAGCUCAUCGCGCGGAAAAGGCCGAGGCAAAGGCAAAGGUCCGGUGUCUAGGACAACGCAGCACAAGGCUAUGGUUUCACGCUUCACUCCAAAGGUUGCAGAGGUCCAGAAGACGUCUAGAUCUUUCUUCGUUGUUGAUUCAGCGGCGACCCACCACAUGUGCAACGAUAAGAAACUGUUUGUGUCUUUUACACCGCAGGAAGGUGCGAUUCACCAGGCGGAUGACCACACUAUUCCCAGUAAAGGCUACGGAACUGUUGUUCUUCACAGUUUGGACUUAUCGAUACAGAAUGUGCUUUACGUGCCAGACGCCAAACAUAAUCUGCUCAGCGUUGGACAGCUGAAUGAGCGGAACAUUGACGUUUCCUUCAAGAACAAGAAGUGCAUCAUCACAAAGAAAAAUGAUUAUGUAUUGCAUGCAGAAUAUGUUGAUCAUUUGUUUGUUUUGUAUUAUGAUGAUGUGGUGCAGGAUGACACUUGUUGCAUUGCAGGUUCUAACAAAAGUUUGCAUGCAGAAUGUAUUCACGAUUUUCAUCGAAAAUUUGGUCAUUUGCAUUUUGAGGCAGUAUCUAAAAUGCCUGCCUUGGUUGAAGGUAUGACUAUUAAACCCUGCAAGUACCACAUGAAGUGCAAAGCAUGCGCAGCAAACAAGGUGAAAAUGGCUGCGAAAGGUAAGGUGUCUAGUAGGAAAGCUACAGAACCAUACCAGGUUGUUCAUGCUGAUUUGGUUGGACCACUAGCGCCCUCUUUGGGUGGAAAUAGGUACUUCAUGGUUCUCAUUGAUGCAUUUUCUAGAUAUAUUUUUGUGUACAAUCUCAAGCAGAAAUCGGAGGCUUUUCCUAGGUUCAAGGAAUUCUGUGCUUGGUUGGAAAAUGUGCAUGGUAAGAAGAUAAAGACUCUUUUCAGUGAUAGCGGGGAAUUCACUUCUCAGCAGUUUGAAGCUUUUCUGACUGAGAAAGGAAUUCAACACGAUUUGUCUAGUCCUCGCUCGCCAUGGCAGAAUGGACUUGCGGAACGGGCAAAUCAGACAUUGCUUCAAGGCUUAAAAACCUUGCUGCAUGAUGCCAAUCUUCCAGAGAGUUAUUGGGCCGAAUCUCUCUCGUGUUUUGUUUACAGUUACAAUCGCAGAUUAUCUUCAGCGAUUGGAUGUACCCCCUAUGAGAAGAUGUUUGGCAAGAAGCCAUACAUCAAACACAUGAAGAUUUUGGUUCUGACAUGUGGGUUCGCUCACCACAAAACUCCAAGUUAGACAAGCGUGGAUUGCAUGGUAUCUUUCUAGGUUAUCAGAAAGGGUCUUACAGAAUAAUGAUGACUGACUCUAAGACAAUUAAGCUCACGAGAAGUGUUGAGUACAAUGCAAAGUGGGGGAGAAUGUGGGAAUUUUCCAAUGUUAUCCUGAUGACGGUGAUGAGACUGAGGAUAGUCAAAAGCAACCACAACAGCCCACACCCACUGAUGAAGGUUCUGAGUCUGAAUCUGAAACUGAAUCGGGUGAUUCAGAGGAUUUCAAGAGUGCGAAAGCCUCUAUGCGACCCUCUGAAAGCUCUGAUCAAGAAUUGGAGGAACCAUUGUUCACAAUAGGUCGUUUUUCUCCUAAGAAGGAAGAGGAGAGUGUUGAAGACUUAAGGCUAAUUCGUAGGUCACAGAGAGCCACAAAAGGCAAACCUCCAAAGAGAUUUGCUGAUGAGUUUGCUAAGAUAGCAGUAACAGCUGUUAAAAGCUCCAAGAAGGUAUUUGAACCUUCAAGUUUCCAAGAAAUCCAGGGUUUGGAUUCAAAGGAAGCUGAGCCAUGGUUAAAUGCCAUGAAGGCUGAGCUUGAUUCCUUAGAAAGGAACAAAACAUGGGAGCUAGUUCCAGUAGUUCCAGGAAUGAAACUGCUUGGAAGCAAAUGGGUCUUCAAAGCGAAGACAGAUCAAAAUGGCAAGAUAGUCAGACACAAAGCCAGAUUGGUAGCCAGAGGUUUUGCACAGGUACCAGGUGAAGACUAUCACGAGACCUAUUCACCCACAGUGAGAUAUGAAAGCAUUAGGCUUAUGCUCAAGCUAGCUGCAGAGGAAAAUCUACACAUUAGUCACCAUGAUAUUAAUACAGCUUUUCUGUACGGAUCUCUAGAUGAAUCACUUUAUAUGCUUCCACCUGAUGGCGUACAGGUAAAACAGGGAUUUGUUUGUGCUCUGAAGAAAUCCCUUUAUGGUCUCAAACAAAGUGCACGGUGUUGGCACACAAAACUCACUGAAGUAUUGUUUUCUCUAGGUUUUCAGCAAGGGAAAGCUGAUCCAUGUGUAUUUGUCAAAGAGGAGGGGCAAAAGAAACU